UUUUUUUUUUUUUUUUGGUACCAUAGAGUUGCUCCGAAAACAGAAGAUAGAGGGAGUCUCGGAGCUCGCCAUCUCCAGCGAUCUCUACAUUGGGAAAAAACAUGGAGUCAGCUCCGGCAGCCCCCGACCCCGCCGCCAGCGAGCCGGGCAGCAGUGGCGCGGACGCGGCCGCCGGCUCCAGGGAGACCCCGCUGAACCAGGAAUCCGCCCGCAAGAGCGAGCCGCCCGCCCCGGUGCGCAGACAGAGCUAUUCCAGCACCAGCAGAGGUAUCUCAGUAACAAAGAAGACGCAUACAUCUCAAAUUGAAAUUAUUCCAUGCAAGAUCUGUGGAGACAAAUCAUCAGGAAUCCAUUAUGGUGUCAUUACAUGUGAAGGCUGCAAGGGCUUUUUCAGGAGAAGUCAGCAAAGCAAUGCCACCUACUCCUGUCCUCGUCAGAAGAACUGUUUGAUUGAUCGAACCAGUAGAAACCGCUGCCAACACUGUCGAUUACAGAAAUGCCUUGCCGUGGGGAUGUCUCGAGAUGCUGUAAAAUUUGGCCGCAUGUCGAAAAAGCAACGAGACAGCUUGUACGCAGAAGUACAGAAACACCGGAUGCAGCAGCAGCAGCGAGACCACCAACAGCAGCCUGGAGAGGCCGAGCCGCUGACUCCCACCUACAGCAUCUCGGCCAACGGGCUUACGGAGCUUCACGACGACCUCAGCAGCUACAUUGACGGGCACACCCCCGAGGGCAGCAAGGCAGACUCUGCCGUCAGCAGCUUCUACCUGGAUAUACAGCCUUCCCCGGACCAGUCAGGUCUUGAUAUCAACGGAAUCAAACCAGAACCAAUAUGUGACUACACACCAGCAUCAGGCUUCUUUCCCGCUGCUCCUUCAUACUGCUCCUUCACUAAUGGAGAGACGUCUCCACCUGUGUCCAUGGCAGAACUAGAACACCUUGCACAGAAUAUAUCUAAAUCACAUCUGGAAACUUGCCAAUACUUGAGAGAAGAGCUCCAGCAGAUAACGUGGCAGACCUUUCUGCAAGAGGAGAUUGAGAAUUACCAAAACAAGCAGCGGGAGGUGAUGUGGCAGUUGUGUGCCAUCAAAAUUACAGAAGCUAUACAGUAUGUGGUGGAGUUUGCCAAACGCAUUGAUGGAUUUAUGGAACUGUGUCAAAACGAUCAAAUUGUGCUUCUCAAAGCAGGUUCUCUGGAGGUGGUAUUUAUCAGAAUGUGCCGUGCCUUUGACUCUCAGAACAAUACCGUGUACUUUGAUGGGAAAUAUGCUAGCCCCGACGUCUUCAAAUCCUUAGGUUGUGAAGACUUUAUUAGCUUUGUAUUUGAAUUUGGAAAGAGUUUAUGUUCUAUGCACCUGACUGAAGAUGAAAUUGCAUUGUUUUCUGCAUUUGUCCUGAUGUCAGCAGAUCGCUCAUGGCUGCAGGAAAAGGUAAAAAUUGAAAAGCUGCAACAGAAAAUUCAGCUAGCUCUUCAACACGUCCUACAGAAGAAUCACCGAGAAGAUGGAAUACUAACAAAGUUAAUAUGCAAGGUGUCUACAUUAAGAGCCUUAUGUGGACGACAUACAGAAAAGCUGAUGGCGUUCAAAGCAAUAUACCCAGACAUUGUGCGACUUCAUUUUCCUCCAUUAUACAAGGAAUUGUUCACUUCAGAAUUUGAGCCAGCAAUGCAGAUUGAUGGGUAAAUGUAUCACCUAAGCACUUCUAGAAUGUCUGAAGUCCAAACAAUGAAAAACAAACAAACAAACAAAUUAACCGAGACACUUUAUAUGGCCCUGCACAGACCUGGAGCGCCAACACACUGCACAUCCUUUGGUGAUCGGGGUCAGGCAAAGGAGGGGAAACAAUGAAAACAAAUAAAAGUUGAACUUGUUUUUCUCAUGCA